UGUGUGUGUGUGUGUGUGUGUUUGUGCGUGUAUAAUAAUGAUAUAUUCCCGACUUGUUUUGAUAGCUCUUUGUUCUUCAUGGUGCAGUUUGUGCAGGUACGGUAUGUUCUCUAAUAAGCUGUGAGUUCUUCCAGGAACAGGUGAGUUUAUAUCGAGGUCACGUGACACUUUAAAUUGCACACCGGACGACGCCGUCCGACCAAUCACGUGUCCGCAUCGGAUCUAAUUGAAUUGAUUCUGAUCCAAUCACAACUUUUACAGUUUCAUUUGUGAAGAAGUUUCCAUCCGUUACAGUACCAGGUUGGGUCGCUACAGAACGUGGGAAUGUUCAAGGGGGGUGAAUACUUAUGCACGCCACUGCAUCUUGUAUGGUGUACGGAUUUUGGGUACUACCAUCUGACGCCCAUAAGAGACAAACCCGGUGCAAUAUCGGUGGGGUUUUUUUUAUUGUGUCUCAGUUGAUGCGGAAUUAAGACCGGUCAUCGUCUGGCCAAUCUUAAUGAACUGUAUUUCCGAAGGAAAGGGAGAUAAUCAGCCUCUGGGUUUAGUCACACGGGUAUACAGCUCGGCUAACGCCUGCACGUUUUCUUCAAUACCUGCAUUUAAUAUGUUUCAUCAACAUCAUUUCUGAGAACGCACUGAGAAUGUUAUUGUUACUUUCACCGCAGCCACAGUUCAGCUCGCACACAGCAGAGACCAUUCGGGGCGAGCUGAUAUGAGCAGAGACAGCCCUCUGCUUCGAACCCGAACAGAGUGGCUCAUAACACUCAGCAUGUCGGCUGUAUUACCCAAGUCCUGCCCCUCAGUAAACAGCUUUAAAUCCACAACGGUCCAAAAGAGCUUUUCCGAUAUUCCUGAUUGUCCUUUUAAAUUUAAAUAAAAAAUAAAGAAAGAAACCGUCGGACCAGGAGCGCGUACGUCCUACCUUGUACAGAAAUAUGGAGAAAAUAAAAUCAGACCUUGUGAGCUUAAUCUAGUCGAUCCACUUCGACCAAAUCUGAUGAAUUUUUUUCCUUUUCCGAAUGCUCCCUGAGGCGGUACUUGCAAAUAAUACUUUGAGUAAUAACUUUGCGUUGUUGUCGUGGGUAAAGGUGAAAGAAAUUCCUUACUAGCAGACACGUGAAGGUUUCGCACUAAAAUCGACUGGUAUUCGUAGCUGUUCGUGAUUCCUUCCACCUUGAUAAAAAGCCCAAGGUCUGGUUGGAGAAAAGCAGCCCUGAAGCACGAUGCUGCCACCACCAUGCUUCACCGUGGGGAUGCUGUUCUUUCGGUGACCUUUUGGAAGUAUGGAAUUAUUAUACCUUUCGGAAUUGGUCUCGUCAGACCGUAACACAUUUUUGACACGUUUUGGGGUGAUUUAUUUUGGGCUUGGAUGUUUUUUUGUGAGAAAGGGAAUCUGUCUAGCCCCCCCCCCCCCCCACCCCCACUCCAUAGUCUAGACAUGUGAAGAAUACGAGCGAUUGUCGUCACGUUCCGGGAGUAAUCAGUUCUUCUCAGAUGUUCCUGCAGCUCCUUUAAUGCUGGUCUCUCGGAAGCCUCCCUGGUAAGAUUUUGUCUCGCCCUCUUGUAAAUUCUGGAGGGACGUCCUGUUCUUGGAGAUGUCACCGUGACGACCAUUUUUACCCCCCCCCCCCCCCCCCCCUAUUUGUCGAUGACCUUUACAGUGUUUCAUGGUAAAUUGAAUGUUUCUAUACCCCUCUCCUGGUCGAUAUCUUUCGACAAGCAAGAUACCGUGCAUGCUUUGUAAGCUCGUUUGUGGACCAUCGCUUCAGAGGUCGGAUGAAACCAAGACGAUGUGAAGAAAAUCCCACAGCUGGUCUUUAUUUGUGGCGAGUCAGAAUCAUUUCUUUGGUGACGGCUGUAUGAUGAUUGCUUUUGACCACGAGAUUGAACGUGAUUUGGAUCAUUCUGAACACAGCCACGGUGCACAUUUAUGCGACCGGGUUAUUUCAGCUUUGUUAUUUUUCCCUGAAACGUUUCUGAUUGUUUUUGCCUUAAUGUUUGGGUGGGAAAAGUUUCUUUCUUUUUUUUUUUACAUCACAAAAACCUGCCAUUUCAACAAGGGUGUGUAGACUUUUCUCAAUCCGUUGUGUAUAUAUCCUGUAUUAUAUCCGUCUAUUUAUUAAGGAUGGGUGGUUUCGGUCUGGUUUUAGUCAUUUUCCUGUCAUUUCCAUUUCGCUCACUGCGUUCCUACGUGUGAAUGGAACGUCACCACUUUUAUCACGUUUACAGCUAAUGCCUUUCCUAAAAUGGCUUCCAAAUUCCUGUGUAUAGGAAGCAAGAGGUGUGUAUUUCCAGAAAACAUGCUGGCAGGUCACCUCAUUUAGCUCACAGUUUCUCCAACAUCCCUUACAUCCUGUCGUGUUUUCUACAGUAUUUUUCUCUCCGCAUGGCUGAACAAGUUGAUUUUUUUUUUUUUUAAUUCUAAUUGCCAUAUUUUAUCCUAGUCCUCUUCUGUAACAACAAUAUUAUCCCUCCUCUACCCAUUUAAUAUUCAGUGUACUUUAGAAGGAUCAUAAAAAUAGCAUUUAGUUGUUUUUUUUCAUUUAGUCCCGCCCUGAAUAAUCUAUUUCACAUAACAGAUGUUUACAUCUAGUCCACAAGACACAAUAAUAACUGAAUUCAUACAAACGAACCGGUUCAGAAGUUUACACACGCUCCAUUAUUAAUCCCGUGCGUCGUGACCCGGAUGAUCCACGACACGAUGUGUUUAUGUUCUGUGAGAAUUCUUCCUGAGUCCCUUGUUUAUCGUGAGCAGUUAAACUGCCCGCUGUUCUUCAGAAAAAUCCUCCAGGUCCUGCACGUUCUUUACUUUUCCGGCAUCUUCUGCAUAUUCGACUCCUUUCCAACAGACUAUACGAUGUCCAGAUCCGUCUUUCCACACCGAGGACGACCGAGGGACUCGUACACGACUAUCACGAAAGGUGCACACGCUCACCGACGCUCGAGAAGACGACACGAUGGAUCAAGAGCCAGGGGGAGGGGGUGUAAACUUUUGAACAGGUUGAUCGCAGGAUGUAAAUUGUUACUUUGUUUAAAGAUCGCAUAUUUUUCAUUUAGUACCGCCCUUCGGACGCUAAAUACGAUAUUUACGUGUCUCCCAGUAGUAACAAAAUGAUACCGAUGGCGUUAAUAAACUCGGUACAGGCCCAUGGAGUGUCUUUUUCUGUUAUUUUAUUCUUAAUUCAUUUAUUAUCCCCGUGCUGGGAAAUGUUUAGAAGGAUUUUUAGACUGCUGGAUAUUUUAGUAGGUUUUGACGCCUACUGAAGUUACAGGAUCCGAAUCAUAAUUUGGCUGGAACUUGCGUGGUCACCCGGCGUCACCGUAUUCGAAUAUAUCUAUUUUUCACGUCUCGGUCCCUCGUCACUAUAUUUGUCUAUAAUCACGUAUUUAUAAAGUCAUAUACCCUGAUCAAAGAGCAGCCGUGCCUGCUAUAGUCAACACCGGCCGAGUCUCCAAAACAGUGCUGUUUACAGCAAACAUCUCGCCGAUCUGUCAAGCGCCAGUUACACUCCCUCAGACUGACGCAAGACAGCUCAUGGUCAGUCGAACAGUGGGUCUAUAAAAGGCAGAUAUUCGCGGGAAGGGUCACGUUUUACUCGUUCCUCCGGUGUGUUAUACGGGUUUUGCGGACAAGCCGGAGUGAGUUUUGUGAUUUACGGCCCAGACUAGUGAGCGAUGCCUUUACGGUCGAGAGCGUCUUCUCAGCCCGGGAGAGGCGGUGUGCUCCUGAACCCCAGAGUGACGGAGAUUCUGCGUCCACGAGCGCUGUCCUCGAGCUCCCGCUCGGCCGUGGAGGACCAGCUGUCGUGUCCCGUGUGCUGCGAGAUCUUCGCCGACCCCGUGGUCCUGCGCUGCAGCCACAGCUUCUGUCGCACCUGCCUGAACCAGUUCUGGAGCAAGAAGACACCCAAGCGCGAGUGUCCCGUGUGCAGGAGGAGGUGCUCGCUCACCGAGCCCACCGUCAGCCUCGUGCUGAAGAACGUGUGUGAAACGCUGGUGCAGGAGCAGAAAGGACUGACCACCUCUCCGCCCUCGUCACCCGGCACCGGCGCCAGGCGGUUAGACCUGUGUCCUACCCACAGAGAGCCGCUCAAACUCUUCUGCCAUGACGACGAGGAGCUGCUGUGCUGCGUGUGUCACACCUCCAAGAAGCAUCAAGGCCAUCGCGUGUGUCCCAUGGAGGAAGCGGCACACGACCUUAAGGCGGCGUUAAAGAUGGAGCUGGUGCCGACGAAGAAACGUCUCGGUCGGCUUUACGAGGCCAAGCAGGAGGGCGACGACAUCACCGUACACAUCAAGAACCAAAGGCAGCAGGCGGAGCAACAGAUCAGAGAGGAAUUUGCCGAGAUCAGAGAGUUCCUGGAGAAACAGGAGGUGGCGAGGAUCGCUCUCCUGGCUGAGGAAGAGGAGGAGAAGUUGCAUCUAAUGAAGAGAAACACCGACAAGCUCUCGCGGGAUAUUCUGAUGUUCUCUCACGCCGUCAGAACCGUAGACGACGAAAUCGCCAACAGCGACUCUGUGUUCCUGCAGCACUACAAGAAUAUAAAAAAGAGGACACGCUUAACCUUUACUGAACCGGAGAAAGUUCCAGCUGCUCUCAUCAACGUGGCGAAACACGUGAGCUCUCUGAAGUUCAGCUUGUGGGAGAAGAUGCAGGCCUUGGUGGAAUACACUCCCGUGACUCUGGACGCCAACACGGCCUACCCCUGCCUGAAGCUGAGCAAAAACCUGACCCAGGUCAGCAACAGCGGCAUGAUGCAGAAGCUUCCCGACAACCCCGAGCGCUUCGACCACUUUGUCUUCGUGCUUGGGUCCGAGGGCUUCGACUCGGGGCGCCACGCCUGGGAGGUGGAGGUGAAGGACAACGACGACUGGGUCAUCGGCAUGGUGAGGGAGUCCAUAGCCAGGAAGGGGAAAGUCUCGGGCGGUCCAGAGGCGGGUUUCUGGACCAUCGCGCUGUCGGACGGCCUUUACACGGCCAUGACGUCUCCGCCCACGCAGCUGAAGCUGAGCGGCCAUCUUGAGAGAGUCAGGGUGAAGCUGGACUACGAGGCCGGGGAGGUGAGCUUCUCCAACCCCCUGGACCUGACACCCAUCUACACCUUCAAAGAACGCUUCACCAAGAGAAUGUUCCCUUUCUUUUGCCCCGGUGCCAACAUAAACGGCAGCAACCCGGGUCCUCUGAAGAUCUGCCCGGUUAAAGUAGCCGUGUGGAACAGCGCCAUCUGGUAACGGGGGGUUCAGGUUGUUCUGCUAAACAUCAAAUUCAUGUGUUUGAUCUGCUGUACAUUGUAAUCAGACUCAAAGUAAUCGGAGUGCUCUGGAAAUAAUAUCAUGUGAGUAAUAACCAAUAAACAAUUACUUGUAAGGGC